GAAACAUCCAUCGGAGAUUGAAAGCUAUAUCGCUUUUUUGCUACAGGCCAAAUCUUUCGUCCAUCGCCAUCUCCCUCUUAUCCAGUUCAUAGAUUUUUUGUUUUCUCCUCUUAUUCUGUCAUCAUGUCUGACGAUGAGCAACACAACCAGCAGUUCGAGCAGGCUAGCGCAGGUGCCUCGCUCACUUUCCCUAUGCAAUGUUCUGCGCUCCGCAAAAACGGUCACGUUGUCAUAAAAGGUCGUCCCUGCAAGAUCGUUGAGAUGUCCACCUCUAAGACCGGGAAACACGGUCACGCGAAGGUCCAUCUCGUCGGUGUCGACAUCUUCACUGACAAAAAGAUGGAAGAUAUUUCCCCUUCCACCCACAACAUGGACGUUCCCAACGUGAACCGUACUGAGUACCAGCUCCUCGGUGUCGACGACGGCUUCCUCAAUCUCAUGAACACUGACGGAGGUACUAAGGAUGAUGUCAAGCUUCCUGAAAGCAAGCUUGGUGAGGAGAUCUUAGCUGGCUUCGAAGUCGCAGACACCGUUAUGGUAACAGUCACCGCUGCGAUGGGUGAGGAGCAAGUUACAUCUUUCAAGGUCUCCAAUCAGUAAACGUAUGUCUUUGCUUUGGCCAUAUCCUCUGUUCGCGAUUUUCACACAGCUUGUUAUCAAGGUCUUUCACUUCUGAUUGUCGCACACGUCCUGUCAUUUUUCUGUCACGUCAGCUAUUCUUACUUUCAGUCAAUAUCUGCGCAUGUACUUUCAUCAAGGCAUUGUACUGAAUGUACAUCAGUAUGACUAGGUUCCGAUGUUGGAAUAAAGAAUUAUGUAUUUCAUGUUGUAGACAGGAGGCAUUUAUGGAGGAGAUCGCAGCAAACCACGUCCAGAUAGUAAGAAUUAGUACCCUUGCACCCUUGCAUGCUCCGGUCGCCCACAAUAGUUCUUUCCCCUUACUAAUACUAUCGCCAACACGGCAGUCCAGCAUUCUAUCUGCUGUGCAUGAGACGUGCAACUUGACCUGGCGUGAGGCAGACGUGACUGGCACCCUAGUCGGCAUCCGUAGUUUUCAGCAAGCAA